CCAGAUACGAGCAAAUACAUCACCUAAUGACAGUGUUGAAACCAUUAUUAAACAAGCCUAUGUUCUAGGUCUUUGUGACAAUUGCCAUGAAAAUUUAGAUGAAAAUGAUGGUGGCACUGUAUUGAUUUGUGGUCAUGGUUUUCAUUGGCAUUGCUAUGGUGUCGACACAUUUAGUGAUGAUGAUGGAAUUGAAGAAGUAGAAGAAUCUCAAGAAGGUUUAGAAAAUAAUAAAGAAAUAAAAGAACAUUCACAAGAAAAACAUCAAGUUGCAUCUAAUAUACAAAAUGCAUUAGAUGAUAUAGAUAAAUGGUGA